AUGGACGAGGAAUAUUAUAGCGGCGCGGGGGACUGGGAAGCGCCGGACGGUAACACGGAGGACGCGUAUGUUGAUGUUGAAAAUUUGGGUAAAAUCCAAGAGGAAUGUCUGAAGAAGUUUUCCAGCAGGGAUUACAUCAUGGAGCCCGCCAUCUUCAACACCCUCAAAAUGUAUUUUCAGGCAGGAGGGUCUCCAGAACACGUCAUCCAGCUUCUGUCGGAAAACUACUCUGCCGUGGCUCAGACGGUUAACCUGCUGGCCGAGUGGCUCAUUCAAAUGGGAGUGGAACCUGCACAAGUACAGGAACGAGUUGAGAAUCACCUCAAGAGUUUGCUGAUAAAGCACUUCGACCCCCAGAAAGCGGACUCCAUUUUCACUGUCGAAGGAGAGACUCCCGCUUGGCUGGAACAGAUGAUCGCUCACACGACUUGGCGUGAUCUGUUCUACAAGCUGGCCGAGGCCCAUCCUGACUGUCUGAUGCUCAACUUCACAGUCAAGCUGAUUUCAGAUGCAGGCUACCAGGGCGAGAUCACUAGCGUGUCAACGGCGUGUCAGCAGUUAGAGGUUUUCUCUCGGGUGUUGAGGACAUCUUUAGCCACGCUGCUGGAUGGAGGGGAGGAAAACUUGGAGAAGAACCUCCCAGAAUUUGCUAAAAUGGUGUGUCACGGUGAGCACACUUACCUCUUCGCUCAGGCAAUGAUGUCCAUCCUGGCGCAGGAGGAGCAAGGCGGCUCAGCUGUGCGCCGGAUUGGUCAGGAGGUGCAGAAAUCGGCCCACAAGAGGGGCCACGAUGCCAGUCAGAUCACGCUGGCGCUAGGUACAGCUGCAGCCUACCCUCGGGCCUGCCAGGCACUUGGUGCCAUGUUGUCCAAGGGGGCCCUGAAUCCUGCUGAUAUCACUGUGCUGUUUAAGAUGUUCAGCAGCAUGGACCCGCCUCCCGUGGAGCUGAUCAGAGUACCUGCUUUUCUGGACCUCUUCAUGCAGUCACUAUUUAAGCCCGGCUCCAAGAUCAACCAAGACCACAAGCACAAAUACAUCCACAUCCUGGCCUACGCUGCCAGCGUAGUUGAGACAUGGAAAAAGAACAAGCGAGUCAACAUCAACAAGGACGAGCUAAAAUCAUCCUCCAAGGCUAUUGAGACGGUGCACAACCUUUGCUGCAACGAGAACAAAGGCGCCACAGAGUUAGUGGCCGAGCUCGGCACCCUCUAUCAGUGCAUACGGUUCCCAGUGGUCGCCAUGGGGGUUUUGAAAUGGGUGGACUGGACGGUGUCCGAGCCACGCUACUUUCAGCUGCAGACCGAUCACACGCCGGUGCACUUAGCCUUACUGGACGAGAUCUGCACGUGUCACCAGCUGUUGCAUCCUCAGGUCCUCCAACUCCUCAUUAAACUCUUUGAGACAGAACACUCGCAGUUGGAUGUCAUGGAGCAGAUGGAGCUCAAGAAGACUCUCCUGGACCGAAUGGUUCACCUGCUGAGUCGCGGUUACGUCCUGCCCGUGGUCAGCUACAUUCGCAAGUGUCUGGAGAAACUCAACACUGACAUCUCCCUCAUUCGCUAUUUUGUCACUGAGGUCCUGGACGUGAUCGCGCCUCCGUACACGUCCGACUUCGUUCAGCUCUUUCUGCCCAUCCUGGAGAACGACAGCAUCGCGGGAACAAUCCGGACAGAAGGAGAACACGACCCAGUCGCUGAGUUUAUCGCUCAUUGCAAGUCAAAUUUCAUCAUGAUUAAUUGA